AAAAUCUGUCCGUGCAAGUCCCUAGACUGCUCCAACAAAGGAAUAAAGCAAGCCACAGGACUCCAAGUGAAAUGGGGUGAAUCUUUCCAGGACGUGGACGAGAACUCGGCCCAAGUGAUCGGGGCCUAUGCUCAUCACAUAUUUUGACAAUUCAUGACCUUCCAUGACCCUUGAUCGACAUGAGCGAUUUCGAAUGACGCGUGGUUGGAAGUGCAUACGUGACACAAUCUAGCUAACGUGAUCGUGUUUCUUGGGCAAAAUGAAUAUUCCGGCCCGGAUAUCUCCGAGUCCGGAUGCCUGGCAAAUCCCGUCCAUCGAUACUACUUACUACCAUCAUGAGCGACGCGAUACCCGAGAGCACACUGCCCUACCCACCCGUGCACGACAACAAGCCGUUCGUCGUUCUGUCGGACUGGGAUGGCACCAUCACAUUGCAGGACUCCAAUGACUACAUGACGGACAACCUCGGAUUCGGCAAGGACAGACGCCGACAGGGGAAUCUGGACGUGUUGGCUGGGAAGCAGACGUUCCGGGAUGGGUUCCGGGAGAUGCUGCAGAGCAUCGUGGCGAAUGGCUGGGACUUUGACGCGUGCAAGGAUGUGCUCCGGAAGAACAUCAAGCUCGACCCGGGAUUUAAAGAAUUCUACGCUUGGUGCGAAGCUGCUGAUAUCCCGUUCGUCAUUGUAUCGAGCGGAAUGGCGCCCUCCAUCCGCGCAGUCCUCUCGAACCUCCUCGGAGACGAGGUGGCAGAACGCAUCGACAUAAUCGCUAAUGAUGUUGAGAUCCAGCCAGACGGCAAAUGGACCAUCAAAUACAGACAUCCCUCGAGCGGCUUCGGCCAUGACAAGUCGCGCGCGAUCCUGCCAUACAAAGACCUCGCCAACCCGCCCCUGCUGUUCUUCUUUGGAGACGGGGUAUCAGACAUGUCUGCGGCCAGACACGCCGACGUGCUCUUCGUGAAGGAGAAAUUGGACGGCGAGAAUGAUCUGGCGGCGUACUGCGUCCGUGAAGGGAUCCCGCACAUCCUCUUCAGCGACUUUGCGCAGGCGCUGCAUGUAGUGCAAGCCGUGGUCAGCGGUGAAAAGACCGCACAGGAGGUGCUUACGAUCGGGAAGGCGUGAGCCCGUGUGUAUGUGCAUAUUGGUCCGUGGAGAUAGACGACAGAUGCAGCGUAGACUUGAUUAGGAAGUAGAACUAAAAUCUAGAGCGAUGUUGCCCGUGCGACGUGAACGAGAGGACACCGCUUGCUUGGGAGCAUAUGCAGUCCGGGCCUCAUGACCCUAUGAUCUCCGGGACUCAAACUCCUCCGUCGCGAUUGACAAGGGUGUGUCGGUCGAUCAAAAAACGGGUGGAAUUAAGGCGCGGUCACAUGCAGCGAGCCUACGAUGUAGCUUCCAGGACCUUGCACAUCGACAGCGAAGUCCACAUGAAUCAUUCCAUAAGCUGAUACAACGGGUAAAUACAUCGAUCGUCAGUUCACUCAGAUAUAUUGAAAGCCACAUCACCCGCGCCCGACACGCCACGACACGCCGCACAAAUCUCGGCAACGAGCGCCGCCCUCUGCUCGGGCGCGAUUUUCUCGACCGACCCAAACGGGAACGAGAUCAUCCGCAACGCCGGGAACCGUGCCAGCCAUGGCACCAUCGCGUGCACGUGGACCGCCUUGAAUUUCAGCCCGACGGCCUCGAGGACGAGCGUCCCCACGUGCGUGAGAUGCGCUUCGGCGGGGGGCGCGCCUGAUUCCGCAUCCGACGGCUGGCUGUCGAGCAGCCAGGGCGCUGUGGGGGACGUCGGGGACAGUGCGAGAUACAGAGUCAGAUCAUGGUCGAUGGGCAGCCCGCCGAUGUGCGCUAGCGCUGUGCGAUAAGUGUCGGCAUGGCUGUGCUUCCGCCCCAGACGGCGGGGGGCAGGAGGGAGAGUCAGUCGCAGCUGGAAGACGUUGGGGGUGCUGGGAAGCAGGUGCGGUAUGUACAGUGGAGGGGCAGUGAGCUGUUUGAUGGCGCUGGAGGACAGCGACAGGCUCUUCCUGGGCUCGUCACUCGGAGGAAGGAGAACAGAGUUGUGCUGGAUGUUGAGCGACUCCAGCAUCGUGUGUCUGCUCAAGAAUUCCAACAGGUCCCCCAACCAGAUCCCGCAUCCCUCGAAUAUGUUCAGUGUCACCAGAUUCUUCGAAAGAUCCAUCGUGCGUAGGACCUUGCCAUACAUCUCGGGUCCCACGCCGCUCAACGGGCGCAAAGCGAGCACCGCCGCCUGGUUCGCCAGUGUCGCGAGGGUGGUGUCGUCGUCCAGUACCUGGACGCGCAUCCACUCGUCGAACGCGAGAGGCCCUGCGUCAUGCAGGAUCCUGUCCUCCGCGGGCCACGGCGGGCCGCGCACAAGCGCAUACAACCACCGCGCGAAGACGACCGAAUUGACAAUCAGCGUCACGAAGUACGCAAAGACGAGCGGGAUGCAGAGUACCACGAGCAGCAUCACGCGGAGGAGCUCUGAGUCUCCGGCGGAGAAUGGCGGCGGGAGCAGGCGCCAAGGGACGGCGGGCGUUGUGCGGGGAAUGGAAACGAGCGUGCGGUGGCCGCUGAAUAUCAACAACUUGCGGUCGCGCGAGGAGGGGAUCCGUGAGAGAAGGUAGCCUGCUUCGCGCUUGGUCUUCUGGAACAUAUACUGGCGGUUGUAGAUAAGGAUGUCUGGGAUGGGUGGGGCUUGAGAGAUGAUCCGCGCCAGCGUGCGAUAGCGCAGUUGAGGGCCAUGGGAGGUGCGGGAUUCGAAGCAGACUAGUGAAAGAAUGGGGCGAAGAUGUGAGAUGAGAAGUAUCAGAUGGAACGCAGACGAAAUGGACAGCGAGAGCGUGGAGACUUCAGAGGAGGAGAGAAUAGAUGCUGGGACGUUGAAACAUGCGAGGUAGUGCGACAGGGCUAUCGGGCGUAGACGGUUGUUGACCUGAGAAACGGAUCGAAGGUCUAACUCAUCGAGGAAGGAGAAGAUCUGGUCGAAAAGUUCGUUUGGAAGGCUCUCCAUUUGCUGCACCUGCUCACAGCUGGGCAGAGAUUAAGGGCAGUUUGAGAGAGAUACUACACAGAUACUCGCAUGGGUUCAGGAUGCGUCGUGGAGUCUGAGUCUGAGCAUGUAGACGGAAGGCUGUUCUCGAUCGAUCAAUGCCAGCGUGCGUCAUGACAUUGAAGUGACACACAUCAUGAUCUACCCACUUCGGGACCGGAGCUCGUGUGCCGAACCGUGUCCUGCGACGCCGAGCGAGGCCAAGCAUGUAUUCUCCCUUAAUUGCCCAUGCUGGAGUGCAGUCAUUAUUUGGAAGAGGACGUCGAUGGCAAUUCCACGCUGAAUCC